CGUGAUCUACCACAAACUCACAAACCACAAGGCCUGUGCACAAGGCAAAAUAUAAAAAAAGUGUAAACAGUGGUUUCAAAUUUUAUUGCAAUUUUUUUCUUCGUUUUAUAAGUAAAUUUUAAUAUUAUAUACUAUAAUAAUUGAGAAUGCAAUAGAUCAAUAUGCAAUUAACCUGUUUGUUGAGAACAAUAUUAUAUAAAGGUUCAUUGCAAAUUGGAAAGAAUUUAACAAGGAAAAACAUUAUGACAACUCCAAGAAGUAUGCAAGAAGUUCUAGAAGAUUUAAAAGGAAAUCCUUAUUAUGAUAAAUAUUCAGAUAAAAUAAAACAAGUCCAAAAUAGUAAACCUGAUGAAUUUCAAUCUCGGGUUGAGAAUUUAGAAAAGAAAAAAGUUAAAAAAAUAGAAGCAUCAAAGGGUCGCCAAUAUUCCCAAUUGUUAAACCCCAAAGAGAAAUUGGAAAAUAAAACUCAAAUAAAAGAAGAAUCAUUGGACAAAAUCAUGAAAAUAGAUUUAAUUAAAGAUAAGACUGCUGAAGAAGUUGAAUCUAUUUGGCUAGAAUAUCAUUUGACAAAAGAUUGCAUUGCUGCUACAAUUCCCUCAAAAGAUUAUGAAAAAUUAGAACAGAGAUCAUUAAAAUUCAAAACAUUUUUAUUUCCACUACCUAGAAGUCAGGGUUAUGAGUUUAUUUUGUGCCAGUUUGAGAAAAAUACUGUCCACUUUACACCAUUGCUUUAUUUUCAAGUUCACAAAGAAAACGCUCCUGAAUGCUUGACACUAACGCACUAUAAAGAAUUUAAAGAUGAUAAAGGAAUUGUAUUAAUGAGAGGAGAAUAUGACAAAAAUGUAAUAAAUGCUAAAGAAGCUCAAUGUCUAGCCAAUCAGUUACAAUUAUACUAUAUUCAGGAUGAUGAAGAAAAACAGAAACUGCUGGAAACAUUUACUGUAGAUCCAGAUUCUUUCGAUCAUAUGGAGCUGGUUAAACAAGUUAAUAAUUUAUCUUUAUAAUUCUUUUUCUUGGCAGUGUAGUCACAUGCUGAUCUUGUAUAUAUAAAAAAUAGUAAUAUAUGUAGACUGUUUUAUUUUAAUAUAAAUAUUCUAUUAUCUAUUUAAUUAUAGCUAAAUAAAAAGCAGCUAA